AUGGAAGAAUAUGCAAGUACAAACUCACCCUCUUCUCUGUCUAAUGGACAAGAAAAACUUGUCAUUGGUCUUGGAGAAGACAAAGUUAUCUACAGCUUCUCUUCCUCAACUCAUUUCCUACCAGAGCUUGAAGAAAACAAAUUUUUAGAAUUGUCAGUGAAAUUUUAUUUGUCUAAAUUUCUCAAAGACUGCAACCAAAACAAGAAAAAAGAGCUCUUUUCAGCAUUCUGCAUCUCAGUUAACCAAAAAUUUCCCCCAGAAUCAAUCCUAAGAUGUCAUAGAUUACCUUCAGGAGAUGCUAUCCUGAUUCCUAAAGAAAAAUCAAUACAACAAGAUUUACUGAAUCAAAUCACAUAUGAAUUAAAAUACAAAGGAAGAGACAUCAUGAUACCAAUCGGAAUCUUAUGACUAGGUGGUGAAAUCAACUACAAUAGGUAUCGGAUUAAUUUUACAUUACCUCCUGGAAUAUCGAUUGAGGAAACAAUUAAAUCAUUAAAGCAAAUCUGCGAUAUAAAAGAAAUAAUUAUGAAUAACACAAUACAAAAUGAAGGCAAGUUUCACAGUCUUAAUUUUAUACCAGAAGCAAAAUACACAAUAUAUGCUGAAUUUAAUUCACUAGAGCAAGCAUUAGAUCUCACAGAUAUAUUGAAAAUAGGAAAUAACUCAGUAUGAUUAAAUCACGCAGGAACAAUGCAAUGCAACACUUGUAACGAAAUCGGACACCUUGAAUCAAACCACGAUAAAAUUAUUGAAAUCAGAGAAAAAAGAAAAAGAAUUAAGCAAUCUAAGAAAGUCAAGAAAGGUUCAAGAAAUUUAAAUUUAAUCGAUCAAAAAUACUUAGUCUCUGAUAAUAAAUAUGAAAACAACUUAAAAACACGCAAGAUCUCAACAAUUAAGCCACCCAAAAAAAACAUUCAUCCUCCUGUUAAAACUCAGAAUAAUGAACCAGUUAAUGCCUACAACUAUGAUAUCAAGACAUAUAUUCCUCUAAAGAAGAGCAUCAUAAAGCCGAUAGAAAUCAUAGGAAGAACUAUUCUAAAAGAAAAUCACAAAAAUACAAUCAAAAAAAUUUUUAUAAUUAAAAAGACUCCAGCAAUAAGGAAAAAUGAACCAGAAAGAGAAGAUGUAAAUUGAAAGCUUAUUAAGGAAUCCUCGCAAUCCUAUAAUGAAACUGCUUCCAAAUCUCCAAAACUUUCUCCAUCAUCAGAAAUAAAUUCAUCCACUUUGAUGACAGAUUUUCCUGAAAUAAACGUUUCUAAAAUCGAAAACCCAUUCUUACAUAAAAAAGAAAAGAAAGAAAAACUGAUAGUUGAACCCUUGAUUUCAAUUUAUAACACCCAAAAUAAGAAAAAGUUUGAAAAUCCUUUCAUCAAUAAAGAUGAAAAAGAAAUUUACAAAAAUAAAAAGAUACAAAUACUAGAGAGCAGAAUGUUCCAAGAUAUGAUUAGACCUCUAUGCACAAUUCUCUUUAUUGAAGCAUCUGAUAAUCUCACAGAUCCAAAAAAAUGAUUGAAAAUAACCCAUUCUCCCUUAAGAAAAAAUAAUGUCCUACCCGUUCAAGUUGAAGAGGAAAUUAUAAUUCCAAAUCCAAGAAGAUUGUGCGAAAAAAUAAUAAGAAAAAAUUUUGGAUUCAUCAACAUUUCAGGAAUUGGAAAAGACGAUCUAUCACGAAGACAAUUAAGAAAUGUUAUGAUCGAAAACGAUAUUACUAUCUUAGGAAUAGCUGAAACUUGAUUAAAAGAUAAAGUUUAUAUUGAUGGUUUUGUGUGAAUAGGUAAUAAUGGACCUAUAGUAGGCUACAGAGGAUCAGGUGGAACUGGCUUAUUAAUUCAUAAUUCACUGGCAAAUGAAAUAACUUGAAUUGAAACUAAUAACCAUAGAAUAACUGCAGCAAAGAUAGAAGAUUUUUUGAUAAUAUGCAUAUAUGCACCAGUACUUGCAAACCACGAAAAUGAAAAAUCAAUUAACGAAUAUAUGAACUGCAUCAUGAAUGUUCAAGAAAUAAUUCAAGCAAACAAAAAUGAUGCUAAUCAAUGUAUAUUACUUGGAGACUUCAAUGCACACAUAGAAGGUUACUUAUCAGAGAUAUAAAUGAUUUAGCUGGAAAAAAUAUUUAUCAAAUUUGUUAGAGACAAUGGUUUACAUAUAUUAAAUGAAACUUCUAUAUCAACUUUCAGAGGAAAUAA